GUGGUCGCGAAAGAUGGCGGGACGAAGUCCUGGCGUCAGGAGACAGACCGGUUCAGGGACUCCGCUCCCUCCACGCGUUCAGCAACCUACCACAUCUCGACGGGACCUCCUCGCCAAGGAGGAAGAAUAUAAGCGGUUAAAUGCAGAAUUGGAGGCAAAAACAGCUGAUCUUGUUCGACAAGCUGAGGAAGUAAUAAGAAAUCAGCAAGAAGUACAAUCGAGGCCUAUUUCAGCACAAAUUAAAUCACAUGAAGGGGAAGAUGACUACAGCUUAAGAGGUCUAUUAUUGUCUGAAGGGACAGUUCAUCUACAUUCAGAAACUAAGACCAAAAACGUGGAUCCAGUCAACAAGGUUCAAAACAAACUACACUCUGCAAGUCAAGCAAGGAAAACAAAUUCAAGUAUAAAAUUGAAAUACUCUGUGCAAACUGCCAGUGAUGUUGCCACUCUGGAUGAUUUCUCAGACUUUUCUCUUGCAAAAACAGUUAGCAAAAUUGAAGGGCAACUGGAAGAAGAAGGCUCACCUGAUUAUAUAGAUGAUGAUAUUUUUUGUGGUGUUAAUAAAGACAUUGGCACAGAAGCACAGAUCAGAUUUCUGAAGGCCAAACUCCGUGUCAUGCAGGAGGAAUUGGAUAAUGUUGUAUGUGAAUGCAAUAAAAAGGAGGGUGAAAUUCAGGAUUUAAAGUCUCAAAUAAAAAAUUUUGGAGAAGACUGUGUGAGACAGCAGCGAACAAUUAAUUUGCAACAGUCUCAAACAGAAAAAUAUAAAACUCUUUUCGAAGAAGCAAACAAAAAAUGUGAUGGACUGCAGCAACAGCUGUCUUCAGCAGAAAGGGAAUUAGAAAAUAAAAGAAGACUACAAAAACAAGCUGCCACUAGUCAAAGUGCCACAGACGUUCGCUUGAAUAGAGCUCUAGAAGAAGCAGAAAAGUAUAAAUUGGAGCUAAGUAAAUUAAGGCAAAAUAACAAGGAUAUAGCCAAUGAAGAACACAAAAAAAUUGAAGCAUUAAAAUCAGAAAACAAGAAGCUAGAAAAACAAAAAGGAGAAUUAAUGAUAGGGUUCAAGAAACAAUUAAAAUUAAUUGAUGUUUUAAAAAGGCAGAAGAUGCAUAUUGAAGCUUCCAAGAUGCUGUCUUUCACCGAAGAGGAAUUUAUGAAGGCACUUGAUUGGGGAAAUUCUUAAGUGAUCUACUUAGUCUCUAGAACCGACAGUGUGUGGUGGAUAUACAUAACGUGUACUGGUUUGAAUUAUUUUUACUCUUAAUAAUAAAGAUAUUCGAUAAUGAAAUCAAAAGAAUUCCCUGUUUAUAUUGGGGGAAGAUAAUAUUGGGGGAAUACAAAAUUGAUAUGUAAUUAAAAGGAAUUAUUUUGUAAAAUAAAGCAAUAGGAAUUUAACUUUUGAUUCUGCUAUCUUAUGACCUACUAGCCCUUUCCCAACUGUACUUUAUGUUCUGGAGAUUCAGCUCUAGAUAAUUUAUCUGAGAGAAAUUAUGUCUUUAAUAUCUUAUUGACAAUUAAGCACUUUGAAAUUUCUCACCCUUUACUUUUCUCCUCCCUUACAGUAGACAGAAAAGGUUUUUUUUUUAAAGUCUUUUUAACAGUAUUUACAUUAAAAUAUUAAUGUUUAAAACUACAUACCAUGUGAAUAGAGACUUAACUUUGGAUUAGUGUGCUAGGGUGCCAUGAAAGUACAAUGGACUCAGUGGCUUAUACAACAGAAAUUGUCUCACAGUUCUGGAGGCUGGAAGUCUGGUCAGGUGUCAGCAGGGUUGACUUCUUCUGAGGUCUCUCUCAUUGUUUUUUGGAAGGCCAUCUGCUCCCCAUGUCAUCACAUGUCAGAAAAAGAUGUUUAAACCCAAAGUAAUUCUAAAUACUUAUUUCCCUGGACAAAUCAGGGAAGUAAAAUUCCUAAACACAAACAGAGAACUGUAGCUUGAAUGGAGAUACAGAAAAGCUCUGAACAGUAGCAGUGGUAUGGAGAAGUUAGUCUCCUGGGUUUGGCCUACAGUCUACCAAGGGUACCAAAAAAAUGUAUUUAUAUGACUUGUAUUUAUUUUUUGUUAUCGGUAAAUAUUGAAUAUUACAAUUUUAAUAGCUUUUUCCUUUCUUAAAAUGUGUAUACAGCGGUACCUCGGUUUUCGA